AUAGUGCUGUAUGUGUGCGUCCUUGUUUUGGCCCAGAGACCAAACCCUCAGAAGAAACGAGGAAAUGACCUAGAGCCUGCCUCAUGACGUCACCAUUUCAGCGGCCAUGAGGAGCUAUGGAAGAUGACCGCCGGUAGUGAUUUCCUGGAGUAUUAGACUUUGUGGAAAGCUACCUGCGCCAUAGUUUGCGUAAGACAAGGGUAGUAAUCAAAGCCACUAUCAUGUCGGAGGAGGCGACCUCUCCGAAUGGGGAUGGUAAAGUUAGCCGUAUCUUUCGCAUCGGAACCCGAAAGAGUCAGUUGGCUCGCAUUCAGACUGACAGUGUUGCUGACAAACUUAAGGAGCUGUACCCUGAUAUAAUUUUGGAAAUUGUGGGUAUGUCCACGAUUGGAGAUAAAAACCUUGACACAGCUUUAUCAAAGAUUGGAGAGAAGAGUUUGUUCACCAAAGAGUUGGAAAAUGCUCUGGAGAAAAAUAUCGUGGAUCUGGUCGUCCAUUCACUGAAGGACCUCCCCACCACUCUGCCUCCAGGAUUCACCAUUGCAGCUGUGCUCAAGAGAGAGAAUCCUCACGAUGCAGUGGUAUUGCAUCCAAAAAAUGUAGGAAAAUCCUUGGAGACUCUUUCAGAAAACAGUGUGAUUGGCACCAGUUCACUGCGUCGUGCUGCUCAGUUGAAGAAGAGAUUCCCUCAUCUGGAGUUUAAAGAUAUUCGUGGAAACUUAAACACAAGGUUAAAAAAGCUGGAUGAGAAAGACGACUUUGCCGCCAUCAUUCUUGCUGCUGCAGGGCUCAGGAGGAUGGGUUGGGAGAACCGGAUCAGCCAGAUCCUGGAGCCCAAUGACUGCAUGUAUGCUGUCGGACAGGGUGCUCUGGCAGUGGAGGUUCGAGCGAGGGAUACUGACAUCCUGGAGAUGCUGUCUGUGCUAAAUGACGGUGACACUGUGUUACGCUGCAUAGCUGAGAGAGCUUUUCUUAGGCACCUGGAGGGGGGCUGCAGCGUUCCUGUGGCCGUGCAUACCGAGAUGAAAAACUCUCAGCUCUACUUGACAGGUGGUGUGUAUAGUCUGGAUGGAUCUGAGAGUCUAAAGGACACCAUGCAGACAUGCAUCCCUGCUACUACUACGUGCCAAGAGGAGGUGGACGUGCCAUGCCAGCGAGUGGGCGUCACAACCGUCAAGGUCGACGGGGAAUCUCAGGACAAGGCUGAGCGGCUGGGUAUUGAUUUGGCCAAAUUACUGCUAAGCAAAGGAGCAAAGGAGAUCCUGACAGCGGCCAGACAGCAAAAUGAUGCCAGAUAAUUGUUAGUCAGGGCUUGAUGGUACUCAUGCAAUAAAGGCAGUAAGCAAUAUUUCCGGUUCUUGAGAUGGUAUCCGCUUGAAGCCUAUUUUAGUCUUUUGCAGUAAUCUGGGCUGUUGUGCCAAAAAGCUUGUGAAACUAACCAUUUUUUCACUGGGAAACCAACCGUACAAUCAAAAUUUUAAGUCUCUGCAACAUUUGUCUUUUGAAGAGAAACUGCGGGUCCUCUUCAUUGAAGAUGGACUUUUGAUGACGGACCACAGUUUUCCACGUACUUUUAGGAAUUGCAAACGAAAAAUACAAGCUCGGUCUGUAAUGACCACAUUUAGUAAUCAUGGCUGCUGCUUUUGGUAAACUCACUUACAAAUAUUCCACCUUUUAGCUUUGCUUUUUUAAGAAAAAUUAAGUUAUCAAGAAACAGAAUGUGAAAUAAAUGAGUCAUUUUGCAACUUACUGAUAUCAGAGAUUGUUGUAAUGUCUGAAUUUACAUUAAUAAUUAUCUAUAUAUUUCUUUGAUUUUAUUACUGCUUUAUGAAAAAACAAGUAUUUGCCUUACAUGUAUCACUUUUUUCAGUGGCUGUCCUACUUCACUCGGACCAUAGCGUCAUACAUUUAGUUUUACUUUCCUUCUCUUUAUUGUAUUGUGUUUGCUUAACUUUGUACAGUUUAACUAUUGAUACAUAGAUGAGCUAGUGAGAAAAUAUUGAGUGUAUGUGUGAGCAUUGCUGUUAAAGGAACAAAAUGCAAAUAAAAAGUGUGCCCUAUCUAA